UUUACGGUAACUGGUUUACGGUAACUGGUCUACAGUUUCUGGUUUACAGUAACGUGCGUACAGUAACGUGUUUACACUCAGCUGUAACGGAAAAGCUGUCGCCGCACAUUCAGAUAGACGGCACAAAGGGAGACUAACGCCGAACAUCGACCACUGGGUUGCCGUUCGUGAGUCACCCGUUUGGACUGUCCCGCCCUCGCCCUAUCGUCUGGCAGUGAGCUCUGUGCUUUCUGUCGAAGGAUUCCUCGUAUCGAUUGGAUUUUUCUACACGCAAGAUGGCGGAUGGUAGGACAGCACUCACAAGCAGGUGGACCUUGAAGAAUGACAGCAGUGACAAUGACAGCCGCGAGACCCGUGUCACACUUCACUAAUAUCAACCUGUUGAGUUGUGCUAUAUGUAACAAGCGAUAUAAGGACCCUAAGGUGUUACCCUGCCUACACACCUUCUGCGAGCUAUGCCUGAGUGAUGUCAUACCGUCCGAGUCUCUCUCAGUCACGUGUCCUGUCUGCAAACAACAGUCCAUCCUCCCGCUGGACGGGGUCUCUGCCCUCCAGACCAACGGUUUCAUCCUCAACCUCCUCAAGGUCAUCACUAGCCCAGACCUGUGCACGGCUUGCGGAGGUGCCACUUCCAGACCAACUUCCAGGUGUUUAGACUGCCAGGAAUACCUGUGUGACACCUGUAGUGUCAAACACAUGAACAUGGACAACACAAACAAUAACGUGCAGGAACAUAUCCACGUUCAGGCGGAGAGUUCUGUGGAUUUUAAUGGCGGCUCCGGCCUUGUGGGGCGUCACCCCCGGGACAGCCCCAGUCCGGCGGGGCGUCAGGGUGAGGACAGACCCAGCCCCGUGGAGCGUCGUGGCGGGGAUAGCCCCAGUCAGCAUCACCUGGUGCCGUUAGAGACUGGCAGCAAGAGCGUGUCUGGGAGUUUGACCAACGGACAUAAGAAGGAUGAAGGGGGCGGGGUGGAUGUGGAGACGAUUGUCUGCCCUAAUCAUGCUGGGAGUUCGUUGAAAUAUUACUGCUCGCUGUGUGAUACUGCUGUGUGUGAGGCGUGUACACAGGUGGAACAUAUUGGUCACGAGACCGUAGUCUUGUCAGAGGCUGUGACCGAACACAAAACCUCGCUGACGUCACUGGUGUCCAGGGUCAGGCUGAUGACCCCUGAGGUGGAGAAGGCCAUUGAAGAAGUGGACAACACACAGAAGCAGCUGCUGGCCAACACCAGGGAUGCAGAGGUCAAGAUAAAACACCUUUUUGACGAGCUCAGUUUCCUAAUUGAAGAAAGAAAACAGUGUGUGAUUGAUGAGCUGGCCAAGGUCUCGGCCGCUAAGGAGAAAGUUCUAGAAGAGCAGAAGAAAUCCCUGCACGAUUAUCUGUCUCGCAUCAGCAGCAGCUGUCAGCUGACCGAGAACUCACUCAAGCAUGGAAAUGAUACGGACGUCGUCUUGGUGAAAAAGGAAAUGGCUGGAAAGUUGAGUGAUUUACUGGCAAGUGGUGUCAGUCUCCAGCCUGAUACAAAUCCUCUGGCAUUCUUUGAUGAGCGAGACUUUGAAGGGUUCAAGGAGAACAUUACGGGCCUGGGUUGUGUGUGUAACAACUCGGCCAUCCCCCACCACACUACAGUGGGAGGGGAGGCUUUCAGUGGCUGUGUGGCUGGGAAAGCGUCCACGGUUACCGUGACAACAAGAGACAGAAACGGAGAUUUAGUCAAAACGGGGUUUGCUCCUAUAACUGCAACAAUUUCCACAGAUAAAUCAGAAGAUCGCCUAACACCUACAAUCACUGACCAUCAGAAUGGUACCUACGACUUGACCUUUGUCCUGCAAGCCCCUGGGGUUUACUACCUGAGUGUCUGUAUGUUUGGUCAACAUACAAAAGGCUCACCAUACAAAAUACGAGCAGUUGAUAUUGGAGAAUUUCUUGGCAAUGGGUCUAGUCGAGUGCCAAGAACAAUGGCGGUGAAGCAGAAAGGUGUUAAACGGCCGUCAAGUUCAAGGUCCCAGGGUUCAAGCAACCGAAGGACCAAUCGUAUUGAAGAUGAUCUCAUCAUUAGAAUAGGUGUGAAAGGUAGAAAUAAAGGAGAGUUCUCAAACCCCCAAGGCUUGUGCUACUAUGAAGAGAAAGUUCUGGUAGCAGACAGCAAUAACCAGGCUGUUCAGGUGUUUGCGCCCUCUGGUGAGUGCCGUCUCAAGUUUGGAACACCUGGCCGGGCGCCAGGGAAAAUUCAGAGACCAACUGGCGUUGCUGCCACCCAGAAUGGGAAUUAUUUGGUGGCGGAUUAUGACAACAAGUGGAUUAGUGUCUUCAGCCAGGAUGGUAAAUACAUCAGUCGUAUAGGCAUCGGCAAGCUCCAGGGCCCUAAGGGCGUGGUGGUGGACAAAGAGGGGCGCAUCAUCGUGGUGGACAACAAGUCCAGCUGUAUUCUAGUGUUCCAGUCCAAUGGGAAACUGCUGCACAAGUUUGGUUCCAGGGGGAACAGAGAUGACCAGUUUGCUGGGCCGCACUACGCUGCCAUCAACGACAACAAUGACAUCAUCGUCACAGACUUCCACAACCACUGUGUCAAGGUAUUUGAUAGAGAUGGAGUCUUCAAAUUUUGUUUUGGUUCUAACGGUGAGGGCAAUGGACAGUUUAACGCACCAACUGGUGUGGCUGUAGAUGAAAAGGGAAAUAUUAUAGUUGCCGAUUGGGGCAAUUCUAGAAUUCAAGUCUUUGACUCAACAGGAUCAUUCCUGUCAUACGUCAACACUGCAAGUGAGCCUCUGUACGGGCCCCAAGGUUUGGCCGUAACAACACAAGGUAUCUUAGUUGUUGCAGACUCCGGGAACCACUGUAUCAAAUAUUAUAAAUAUCUGCAAUGAGCAACAUUCACAGGCUGUAUAUGUUGUAUGUUGAACCCAUUUCAAUUUGUUGAACAGUGUUCAGAUGAGUUUUCCGCUUCAUGUUUUUAUGUUGCUGAACAUCUGUAAAAUAGCAAUCUGUAAAAGUGAAACAAUCUAGUCAAAAAAUAUGAUUUGGAAAAAAAUUAUUAUUGAAAGUUCACGCACUGGUGUGAGGUAGCUAAUUAUGUUUACUAGUAGUCGUGCUUAAUGUACAAAUUAUAAGCGAUAAAGUAUGAACGUUGCAGUAGGAUAGCGCAAAAUAUUAUGGGCCCAAAGAGAAUACCUAACUAUGUUGCAGUUUUUCUUAGUGGUGUUUAUUAUAGAAUUAUUUUAUAUCUCCCCCAAUUCACAAAAUAGCUUUCAUGUAAGUCCUGCACACAUCAAAGCUUCUAGAUUUCUUCUAUUUGACUACCUCAGUUUUUGUUUACUUGUCUUUCACAUUCAGAAACAAACAAAAAAUAUUUUUACCAAUUCUGCUAUUGCAUGUUUUGGGUGUUUUCUUGCCUCUUCCUGAAUUUGGUUUCAUGAUUUUUUUUAUUAAAGCACGAAAAUUUUUUACACAUCAUAUUCAAUUUAAGAUGUUUAAAAAUCUAAUGUAAGCUUCAUUUGUAAAAAUCUUUAAAGAAACAUUUUUAAAACUUCUUUCGUCCUAAAAUUAAACAUUUCUCUUCAGUUCCAUUCUUAACAUUUUCCAAGCUACAUUCCAUAGCUAUAUACUAUAUACUUUCAUAAAAUAUUAUAGCAAGCAGGUAAUAUACAUCUCUAGUUGGAUACCAUAUAUAUAUAUAUAUAUAUAUAUAUAUAUAUAUAUAUAUAUAUAUAUAUAUAUAUAUAU